CGCGGCGCGCUCGCGGGCAUUCUCCCCGCCGCCCGCCGAGAUGCUGCGCUGCGGCCUGGCCUGCGAGCGCUGCCGCUGGAUCCUGCCGCUCCUGCUGCUCAGCGCCAUCGCCUUCGACAUCAUCGCGCUGACCGGCCGCGGGUGGCUGCAGUCAGACACCCACGUGCAGACGUCGUCGCUGUGGUGGAAAUGCGUGAGCGAGCACGGCGGCACGGGCUCCUCCGCCGAGGGCUGCGAGAGCCUCAUGCAUUACGCUUGGGGAAGAGCAGCUGUCGCCAUGCUCUUCUGCGGCUUCAUCAUCCUGAUCAUCUGUUUCAUCCUCUCCUUCUUUGCCCUCUGCGGACCCCAGAUGCUUGUCUUCCUGAGAGUGAUCGGAGGCCUCCUGGCCCUGGCAGCUGUGUUCCAGAUCAUCUCCCUGGUCAUUUACCCUGUGAAGUACACCCAGACCUUCAACCUUCAUGCCAGCCCGGCGGUCCUUUACAUCUAUAACUGGGCCUAUGGCUUCGGGUGGGCAGCCACGAUUAUCAUGAUCGGCUGUGCUUUCUUCUUCUGCUGCCUGCCUAACUACGAGGAUGACCUGCUGGGCAAUGCCAAGCCCAGGUACUUCUACACCUCUGCCUAAGGUGGAGGAGCGGGGCGCACGCUGAGAUGGAGCCGAGCAGGGGUGCCUUCUCAGCCACUCGGCACCUGUUUUGGCAGCGUCCAUGAGCUCCAGGCCACUGGACACCUCUUCUGGCAGUGUUCAGAGUUAAAAUAGUUGGAAAUGCUAAAAUAGUUUUGGGGAAAAUAUUUUUUAAAUUGUGUUACAGUUUCAUACUCCUCUAUGUUUUGUGAAAUUAACAAAAACGUGUUUCUUUUUGCUGGUUACUUACAAUAUGCCAGUAUUUCCUACGUCUAUCUAUAGCCUUUAUACUGCAUUUAUAAAAGAAAAUGAGCUUGAAGAGUAGAAAUGUGAAGGCUUGCAGGAGGUAGUAAUCUGCUCAAGUUUGGGGUUUCUUUUUUUCCCAGAUAGAACGGACUAUUUCUAUUAAGAGCUAAAAAGAGGGAGAUACUGGUAAAAAUUGUCAGUAACUAAACAUUCUAAAAUAAAGGUAAAACAAAAACUCUGUUUUCAAGUUUUUAGCUAUUUAAAGAGCAAAAUAGUUUCCUAUUUUUGAGAAUCUAUAAUUAAUAUUCUAAUAACUGCUGUUUUGGUAAACUUCAUAUUGACUUGAUAUUACAUGAAGGCAAGUAUUUUCCCAUGGCCAAAGCAGACUGCGGUACUCAGGCGUCUUUAUAUAGAGAAAGGCUAAGAGGAAAUUUGCUCUUUUAAUAAAAAUAGUUUACAGGGUUAGGGUGUGGGGAAACGCUAUGUUCAUAAAUCUGUACUGCUUUGUGUCUGUAUAGUCAGGACCCGUGUAGACUGAGUUGAAAGAUGGGAAUGAUGAACCCAUGUAGUAAUGUGUUAGGACAGUUAUUGCUGUCCCCAAAGUGCCAUUAAAACGGGUCAAGGGGAAGAAUUGGCUUGAAGUUUUUAUCUCCAGUUUAACUGGGCUCUAAGCAUAUGGACACAGCUCUGAUAGAUUUUAUUUGUCACAAAAACCUAAAUAUAGUUAAAAACCUGGUCUCCCUUGGUAAACAGACUUAAAAUGGCUGAUGUAAAACGUACAACAGGAGAAUUCAGGGAUAUGAGUUUCUCUAAAUAUAUAUUGGAUGAAUUGUUAUUUUUUUACCAUUUAUACUGAUAUAAUGAAAACUCAUUUUACACAUCAAAUUACAAUAAGUUGUACCACGAGCAAUUAAAGUUUUCAUUAUUUUUUUUUCUCAAUAAACCAGGUGUCAAAAUCUUG